CCAGACUCCUGCUUUCCACCUCCUCCGGGAUAAAACCAUGAGGAGCAGCUUGCGGAGCGCCGAGCCUCUCAACACUCUCCUCUCCUCCUCCUGCAGCAGCUGAUCCACUAAAGCGCUCAUCUCCUGCCUGAGGAACAACACAGGAAGGGCGAAGGGAGGAAGGAGGGAGGCAGAGCGAGAUAAAGCGCAGCUUUCUUGCGUUAUGUUGGGCAACAGGAAGAAAGCAGCCCCCGUGCUGAAGAAUGGAGCCGGGACGUCCCAGGCAAAGGCCAUCGAUCCUCUGAGGAACCUGGGAGUGCAGGAUGAUGAAGACGUGAAGCGGAUGUUGCAGGGCUCCAGUAUGGUAAAGGUCCGCUCGCCUCGCUGGCAGAAGCGACGAACUCUAAAGCUGCUGGAAGAUGGUGUCACUGUCUGGUGUCAGUCCCACAAAACCUCCAGCCGGGCCAAAGAGCAACAGUCCUUCUCUGUCAUGGAAGUGGAGUGUGUUCGUGAGGGUUGCCAGUCGGAGAUGUUACGGCAGAUGGCUGGCUCGGUACCUGAGGAGCGGUGUUUGACGGUGGUCUUCAAAGGGCCCCGCAAGAGCCUGGAUCUCCUCUGCCAGAGCCAGGAGGAGGCUCAGCAUUGGGCCCGUGGAAUCCGAACCCUGCAGGGGAGGGUGGAAAACAUGACCCAGAAGGAGAAACUUGAUCACUGGAUUCAUGCUUACCUGAGUCGGGCUGACCAGAACCAUGAUGAUAAGAUGAGCUAUGACGAAGUCCAGACACUGCUGCAGAUGAUCAACAUUGACCUGAGUGACCAGUAUGCCAGGAGCCUCUUUCAGAAAUGUGACCAGUCUGCCGACGGCCGUCUGGACCACGGGGAGAUUGAAGUGUUCUGCAGGGAGUUGUUACGGAGACCAGAGCUGGAUGCUGUGUUUAUCCGCUACUCUGCAAACGGCUGUGUACUUUCCACUGUGGACCUGAGGGAUUUCUUGAAGGACCAGGGGGAGGAUGCUUCACUCAUCCAUGCCCAAAGCCUCAUCCUCACCUAUGAACUUAAUGAGUGGGCCCAGAAGAACCAGUUCAUGACCCCCAAUGGCUUUACCAUGUACAUGCUGUCUAAGGAGAACUGUGUGUUUAACCCGGACCAUGCAAGGGUUUACCAAGACAUGAAUCACCCACUGGCCCACUACUUCAUCUCCUCGUCCCACAACACCUACCUCACUAAGGACCAGCUGACUGGGAGCAGCAGCACAGAGCCGUACAUUCGAGCCCUGAAUCAUGGCUGCCGCUGUGUGGAGCUGGACUGUUGGGAUGGAGAUAAAGGAGAGCCGGUCAUCUAUCAUGGACACACACUCACCUCCAAAGUGCCCUUUGUCGAAGUCAUUGAGACUAUUAACGACUACGCUUUCAAAGCAUCUCCUUAUCCUCUGAUCCUGUCCCUGGAGAACCACUGCUCCGUGGAGCAGCAGACAGUGAUGGCUCAAAACCUGCGAUCCAUCCUGGGAGACAAACUGCUCACCAAGCCCCUUGAUGAUUUUGAUCCUAACACCCUGCCUUCUCCAGAGGAUCUUAAGGGUAAAAUCCUGGUGAAGGGGAAGAGGGAGCGCGUGGUGGAGUGCUCAUCCAGCUCUUCAGAUCUCAGCUCCUCAGACGAGGAGGCCAGCUGCACUGACAGCAGAUCCUGCAGAAAGAAAGAGGACAAGAAGGUGCCAGGUGUGUCUAAACUGAGUCCAGAGCUGUCCGAGCUGGUGGUGUACACCCGCAGUGUUCCCUUUAAAAGCUUUGAACAAGCAGCCAAACACCCGGCAACUGACCUGUCCUCUUUCUCCGAGAGUGAAGCACUCAGGCUCAUUAAGGACUCAGGGAUGUAUUUUGUUCGUCACAACAGCCACCAGCUCAGCAGGAUUUACCCCUCAGGCCAGCGCCUCCAGUCCUCCAACUACAACCCUCAGGAGAUGUGGAAUGGAGGCUGUCAAAUUGUUGCUUUAAAUUUUCAGACACCUGGUGAGCAGAUGGACCUAAACCAAGGCAGGUUCCUGCAGAAUAAUCAGUGUGGGUACGUGUUGAAGCCUCCCUUCAUGUGCCGCCCUGACACCACCUUCAACCCAGAGAAUGUUGGUGGAGGUACAGGCCACAGACCUGUCCUACUCACAGUGCGGGUUAUUUCAGCUCAGCAGCUGCCUAAACCAGAAUGGGACAAACCCAGCUCAAUUGUGGACCCUCAGGUGUGGGUGGAGAUACAUGGUGUUCCCAUUGACAACAAUAAGAAGAAAACUGAUCAUGUCAGCAACAAUGGCUUUAACCCACGAUGGGACUGUACCUUCAACUUUACCGUCCAUGUCCCUGACCUGGCUCUGGUUCGCUUCAUGGUGGAGGACCAUGACUAUACCUCAAGCAAUGACUUCUUAGGACAAUACACCCUGCCUUUUACGAGUCUCCGCACAGGUUAUCGUCAUGUCCGACUUCUCAAGCUGGAUGGCUCCAGCCUUUCACCCUCCUCGCUCUUCGUCCAUCUUAAGGUCACCCCGUGUCAGAGCAGUCCUUCAAUAACAUCAGCUAAGUCAACGGCCAAGUCUUCAACCAAGAAACCCUAAUCUGAUCUUGACCCCAUAGUAACAUGAAGCAUGGAGGCCACCGUGGAAAGAUCCCUGGACAUAUCUGCCCGGAUCCAGGCAAAAAAAAUAAUCUUGUCCUACAAAUGUUGCAGCUAUAUCCUUAACCUGUCUAUAUUUUAUAGAAGAAGAGGAUUGUGUUGUGCUUCUUUAAUCCCUCGUUUAAUGCAGGCUUGAUUUUUCAGAGCAGACUCAAGACUUUAAUGAAAACCCAUUAAACCAGCCUGCAGAAGUCUACAUAUAUAUUAAUCUACGAGACCAUGACCAAAGGUUGGUGCUAGAUUUGGAACAUUUAUGACUUAUAGCUAUACUCUUAAUCUUGUGAGGUCUCACGCCCUCUGAAGGGAGGACUUCUUUUUUAACUACAAGCAUCUCAUUUUUGUGUAUUUUUUUAGAACAGUCCAGAAAUACCUGCUGGUAUGUGAUUCAAACAUUAUUUGGGUAGGGUGGAAAGCCUACAUGUAAGUGGAGACUUUCUAAAUGGUAUUUGAAGGAGAGAUUGUCUAUGAAGUUAUCAUCUAUAAACCCUACUCUGAUGUAAUAUGUACAUUGACAGAGCUAUUGGUAAUAAUUCCUGCUUUCCAUACUGGCUGUGAAGUGAUCCUUUUCUUAUGUGUCUGGACAGUAAAAGAUGAGGGACAGAGUCCACAAUCAACACUAUGUACAGAAACACAUUCCAUAGUUCAGCUAAAGCUAAGUUAUGGCUUUAGGAGUCUGAAGGCACAGGUAUACUUCAACAAAGUACUUGUCGGAUGGUCAGAAUAGCCUCUGAAACCGCUGGCCAACAAUUUUUGUCACUUUUCUGAAAACAAAAACAUGCCCACUUCAUGAAUUUUUUCAUUCAAACCUUAAUUUAAGACUUGGGUAAUAGAUUUAGGGAUUUUCAGUGAUGACUUUUAAACAAUAACACCCUACCGAGCUUGAUCAAAGAUAUCAAGCAAACAAUCAGAAGCAAAUCAAGAUAGAAAUACAAUUGUAAGCAGAGCUGCCAUUGGUACGGCUGCCUCAGGGCCCCCAAUGGGCAGGGGCCCCCUGUCAGCCUUCCUCUUAUACACAAUGGUGGUCACUGUUAACGACCAAGGAGGAACUGGUGGGGCUCCUGUGUGCUCUGAACUGCAUACCAUCGCUGAGCAGCUGAUACCUUGUGCAUAUUGACCUACGCUUACGCAAAUUUAGCUGGUCUGAUGAUGGUGCUGAUGGCUGUUAGAUCAGCACAGCGCUGUCCUUGGUGCUGAAACAUUUUAAUUUGACUGGCAACCUGUUUUCUUUAGGCUAUGUGUUCUUCAAAACAAGCUCAUCUUAAAAUGAGUUGGUCACAAGAGCCCCAUGAGAAAGCUCCACCCCCCUGUGCUGAGAGUAUAGCUCCGCCCCUGAAUACAAUCAUGUAAAACAAUAAACAAUGUCAGUGUAAACUGUUACAGGCCAAUAGUGGACGGUUAGUGAGUAAAUGCCAAAAGCGUCCAAGCAGUGUUAGAGUCUUUAGCUUUAGGUUGUUUUGCAAGAGAUCCCAUGAAUCUGCUGCACAGGGUACAUAAAAAAACAACCGGUCAUUGGAGCAAGUUAAAAGUAAUGUUUAACUGGACUGAUAGAUAGCACUACAGGUAAGAGGAAAAAUAUGUAUAUUUGAUAUCAGGGUGAACUGUCCCUUUGAGCCUUCUCACAUUAGGAAGAAUCUGUUCACAGCCAGUAUAAAUAGUAGGAAUAACAACAAUCAAAACCCUAUCAGCAUUUGAACAUAUGGCAGUCUGGUAUUGUAUUAAAAUAUACUAGAUUGUAUAUUCUAAUAUUUUAAUUACAAGAUUCACUUUUAAGCUUCUUCUGCUUUCAACCGUAUCAUCCUUGGUACUUUUAAAUGCAUCUUGGUAAUCACAUUACUAAGAGAAACCAGGUUACAUAAGAAAUCUGAGAGCAUGUUUACAGUCAGGCACUGAAGUGGCCUGCAGUGUGUCUCAAAUUGCAUACUUCUGUACUAAACACUUCAUAAUUUGAGACACUGCAUAGUACAGGAAAAUGCACUGUACUACUGACACACUUAAAACAGUCCAAAAGCUGAGUGUGGAAUGAUGGACACUUCUGUCCCUCAACGGGCGCCAUCUUUGUGACAGCAAACUUGUCAGCUUUGUUGACUUGUCAACAAGCUUGUUAGUUAUACAUGUUGUUUGCACUAAGUAUCAAUACUGUAAUGUUUGUUGAUCUGUAAUAAUUUAGUACCACAAACAAUGAUGUGAGUGCAAAUAUAAGCUUGCUGGCUAAUGUUAGCAUUUGCUAGCUAGCUAACAUGUUCCUAGCUACAGCAGCAUAUUAUAUUCAGCAUUAAAGUUGUGGUGUAAGUUUGGUUUAUGUGUGGGUUGAGUUCGCAUUCAAAUGUUGGCAAUAAUACUCCACCAUCCGUCUGCAAUUUGCAAUUUGAAAUUAGUGCACCACGCAAGAAGUCCGUACUGUGCGUAGUGUAUUACAUUGAAGUGUACUAACGGAAGUGUGCCAUUUGAGACACGCUCCUGGUUACCUCACAUCUGUGCAUUCAUGCAGUGCGACCAUUUACUAAAAAGCUCUCAGUGUAAAUCUGAUAGUGAGUGCAUAUGUGACAACGUCCUCAGUACUAUAAAGCAAAGCCAUAUGAAAAAUGACAGUUGCUGAAAGAUGUUACAGCAGCUCUCCAUGAUGAAAAAAAAGUUCUGCCUGUCUGAUACGUGCUGUACAAAUGAAAUGCAGUUAAAUCCCGUCCAAGUACUUUUAUCAUGUAGCUUAGUGUGUUAUGUUAAAUGGAAAACAUACUUUGAAAAGAUUACUCUUUGUUAAAUAUUUGAUUCACAGUGACUGUAUUUUAGCUUGACACAAUCGACUUUUAUGUGUUAUCCCUUUUUACCAGUGAAUGACCAACCUAUAUUAUUAAGUAGCCAAGUAGAGUUUUUAUACUAGAGGUAGAAUUAGCUCAGUUAUGCAACAGCAAAAUGAUGAUGUGCACUAGAUAAAUCUGCUGCCUUAUUGUUAGCUUGUUAGAUGAGAUAUGCAUGCAUAUGCGACAUAGUUCCAAUAAGUUUUCUUUGCUUUGUUUUAUUUUGUUUACUUUGUGUUUUGAUGUGUACUGUGCUAGGAGAGCACGCUUCACUGAUGAUCCUGGCCACUGUGACAAAAAGGCUUUAUUAUUGUCAGUGUCGAACAAAUUAUUUGACACAUUUCUGUGUUGGACAUCACUCUGUUAAGUUAUCUACUGUAGCAUAUGUUAACAAAAAGCUUUUAUACAGUGUUGUUUUUAUUGAAGAGGGAACUUUUAUUUUGUAAGUAUUUUGUAGGAGCUGGAUUUAAAACAUUAAUAUUGUGUUGAUGUACACAUAUGACAAGAAGAACUAUGGAUAUUUUAUAUUGAGGUAAUCUCACAGAUAAUCUUUUGCGAUGAAGGAAAUUUUUAACCAGGAUUGGAUUCUUGGAGGAUAAAGAAAGCCUAUUUGGGAUCAGUGUUAGUCUUCAAGCAUCUUAAAAUGUGUGAAAUAUUCAGCUUUGAAAUAUGUUUGACAUCAUGAGAAAACUGUUAAAGGUCCAGUGUGUAGGAUUUAGUAGCAUCUAGUGGUGAGGUUGCAGAUUGCAACCAACUGAAACUUCUCGCCCACAAGGUCCAGUGAAUGGGCCCUCGCUAAAUCUGAUGUAGUCAUAUCAACGCAUGUGGUCACGGGUCCAUGUUUUGUUUUGUUUUUCUUUCUUUCUUUUUUUGCAAAGGUUGCAAAAAAAUAAAAAAAAACUAAAAAAAACCAUUCCAUUUUCAGGAGAGGGGGUUUUAAUAAGUUAUGGUGAAUAUUUUGGUUCAAAAUAAAAUUGGGUUUUCCUUGCUUAUAUUUAGGAACACAACUAUAGCUGAACUUUUUUAUUUUUUGGUGUAUGCACCAGACAUGAACUCCAUUGGACGGAAAAGGUGCCCCAUUGGGGUCUGCUAUCUAGUUAUAUAUGUAUAAUGUAGAUAUUGAGGGCUCAUGCUAAGGUAACAAAAACACAAUGAUUCAUAGUUUCAGAUAUACUAAUUAAAACAUGGUUAUGAUAGUUAUAUUCCAUUUCUGCCAAUAUACCCCCUUAAGCCCUACACACUGGACCUGUAAGGGAACAUUUUUGUGGGAUGAAUAGUUAUCUGCUUUGUCAGUUUGACACAACAUAGUAUCAGAAGGAUCUUGCAGAACUGGAGUAAAAUGUGAAGUUUUGGAGUUAGUGCCAAAACUUAACAGUUUCAGACAAAUCCCAGCCUUGUGUCUGAUAAUAUUGCACUUAUUUACAUGUAUCGGGAGCUGUAAGUGUAAGACCUACAUAUAUGGUUAAAGACCAAAGGUGUGUUUUUGUAACUGUAGCAAGGACAACAAAAGCUGUAACAGUACAAUUCUAAGCAUUGACAUUGUUGUUUAUUUAUUACAUUUGAAGUAUUUUACUGUUUGCUUUUGUCAUGCACCAGUUGUAUAGUGAUCAACCUGAUGUUAUUUAUUAAACAGGUAAUAUAUACAUGAUGAUAGAAAUGAAAUAUGAUAAAAGAUUUUUGGAAAUAGUUAUGAAGAACCUUAUAAUGCCAGAGAGUAUUGACUCCAGCUUUUAACCAAACUUUAACUCACGUCCAAAUGAGAUGUUAUUGUUUUCUUUUGUUGUUGUUUU